GAUUAGACUUUGGUUGAACGAUAGACUUAUUUUUGGGACCGGAUGGUCUUUGGUAAUGGACGAACCGCGGGUGAAUUCCCCUUUCAUGAACCUUGAUUUUCAUGUGUUUCUACUCUUUUUGGAUGGAUCGCUCGGACCCAAACAGCCGUUCUUCACAACAUCCCCACUCCACUGGAGUUAGGAAUCUGGACCAGGAACAGCAGCCAAACAACCAAACGGCACUGCAACCCCGAUAUGCAAGCAAACACUCUUACGAUAAAUUGACCAAUGACUGGCGGCCAGCCAGCAAGCCGAAGGAACAGCGCUUUGACAAUAUGCGUCGGAGGAGCUCCUUGCCCCACAUGGAAAUGAUCACCGGCACAGUACAUACAAUCGCGGGGAAAAAGGGCGCAUUGUCCCGCUUGCUCGUCCUGACAUUCGGCAAUUCAGCCCUAAUAACAGCAACUAUUACUUCCUUCCAGGGCAUUUCUCCUGGCUCAAACCUCGGUUCAUGUGUGAGGUCUCAAACGGCCGGUUCUUCAAGAUACUCCGCUUUUCGACAGCUCCACUUCUUAUCGGCUUAGGUUGCUCCUGGCGCGGUCUCCUGACCAGCAGAUGUACUUGGCCAACUCGACUGGUUUCUUGGAUACAACUACAAAGAGGGGCAUCCAAGGGUUUCAGCCGAGGAAACACAUGGGACAGGUAAUUCACCAUGGCAAAUUGGCAUUC